AUGCAUUGUCUCUCGAAUCUUAAGGCUCAUGAUAUUGUCGCCGUCAUCAUCGAAAUCGUCUCGUCAUCGGCGGGCCGGCUAUUAACGAAAGACGAAUGGGAAAAUUUCUGCCAGGCGUGCCAUUCGAUCAUUCGACCGGAUUGCAUCUCGUGGUUGACGAAGCUCAAACAGCCAUUCGCUGCGCCUAUUGCCCCUCUUUCGUGCUGUUCUGCAAAGGGCUUUGAGCUUGCGGUAUCGCGGCGUACACUAGCAGAAUUUGCAUACACAAGCGAGAAUAUCAGUAAACUCACACAACGCCUGGACGCAACGAACUCAGAGCCCAUCAACUCACAUGUCCUGCUUCAAUCAUGGGAUAUAGACUGUGCUUCGGCUGGCGAGAAUUGGCCCUGCUGUGCCGCAAAAGGGGAAAACCUGCGCAUGGUCCCGAUGAAGACAAUCCCGGCGAAGAAAACUAGGCUCAUCGCAGGUCUGGGGGCCUCUUCAUCUUUCUCGUCCGUGACCAGGCUGCCAUGUUGUGCAAAACGGGUACGAGCGCCGGCAAGAAGACAAUCCGGUGGCUUCCCCCCCCGGAUAAGGCUCUGGAGGACUACGAGACAGUUCGUGCCUUGUUUGGGCACGCCUCAGCUUCCCUUCGGGAUGAUCCUCUUUAGUUCCUGGAUGAGACUGCCACGUCUUGCGCCAAUUGCGGCGAAUCUCUUGAGGGGGAAGAAGGCGGUGCUUUGA